AUUACCGGAAGCGGUCACUGUUCACCAACUCUAAUUUACAGUAGCGAAGAGGAGAUUGUUGGAGGAAGCAUUCACGCCAAAUUAACGCUGGCCGCUAGAGUAACUGCUGGAGUUGCUCUAAAUAUUUUGAAAAUUUUGAAAAUUGGCUGUAGAUAAAAUGGGUUCGGUUUUCGAGUAAAAACACAAUCGCGAUUUCUUGGAGUGGAAAUUCAGUGAAAGGCAGCUGAUAGUCGAAUAACCGAUUCGUGUUAGUAUUGUUUUUGCUGAUUGCUAAUUAGCCCAUUUGUUAUCCUCUCCUCUCCAAACGACCUUCGACAAGUACAAUGGCUUCUACAAAUGGAGAAACCGAUCAGGUUUUGGUGGAACAGAGAUCAUGUGGGAGGAUUUUCAUGUUGAACAGGCCUAAGCAGCUCAAUGCACUUUCAAAUGUAAUGGUGUCACGUCUGUUGGAGCUUUUUCUUGCUUGCAGAGAAGAUUCCUCUGUCAAAUUCAUAAUUGUAAAGGGAAAAGGGAGAGCAUUUUGUGCUGGAGGUGAUGUAGCGGCAGUUGUUCGUGAUAUUAAACAAGGUAAUUGGAAGUUAGGUGCAGAGUAUUUCAGAAAGGAGUUCACAAUGAACUAUGUCAUAGCUACAUACCGCAAACCCCAGGUUUCAAUUCUUAGUGGAAUUGUCAUGGGUGGAGGAGCAGGUGUUUCUGUACAUGGUAGAUUCCGCAUUGCCACGGAGAACUCGCUUUUCGCUAUGCCUGAAACAGCUUUGGGACUUUUUCCAGAUAUUGGUGCUUCCUACUUUUUGUCAAGACUCCCUGGAUUCUUUGGGGAGUUUGUCGGUCUUACAGGUGCAAGGUUAGAUGGUGCUGAAAUGCUUGCAUGUGGUCUGGCAACUCACUUUGUUGAGUCAGAGAGAUUGCCAUUGUUAGAAGAAGCACUUGUAAAAGCAAAUUCCAGUGAUCCAGUGGUUAUAUCUACUAUAAUUGAAGAAUUUUCACAUGCUCCAAAUUUGAAAAGAAAUAGUGCUUAUCACAGGUUGGAUGUCAUUAAUAAGUGCUUUUCUCGAAGAACAAUCGAAGAUAUUAUUGCAGCCCUUGAAAAGGUGGUCGCUGACAAGAAGGACGAUUGGAUCUCUUCCACCAUUCAGUCACUCAAGAAAGCUUCACCUAUAAGCCUUAAAAUCUCUCUGAGAUCGAUUAGAGAAGGAAGGCUCCAGGGCAUUGGUAAAUGCCUCAUCCGAGAAUUCAGAAUGGUUUGUCAUGUGAUGCGGGGAGAAGUUAGCAAGGAUUUUGUUGAGGGUUGCAGAGCUAUACUGUUCGACAAGGAUAGAAAUCCAAAGUGGGAGCCCUCGAAGCUAGAGUUGAUCAGCGAUGAAAUGGUGGAUCGUUACUUCUCCAAGGUAGAUGAUGGUGACUGGGAAGAUUUGAAACUCCCCAUAAACUCUAAUUUACCUGCGUAUGCCAUUGCUAAACUCUAAGUUUUAUUCGUCAUGACUUGUAUGAUUUGCCUAGAAAUGAAAAUAUAACAUGACUUCCCAAAUAAAGUUGUGAAGAAUGGGGGGUCGCGUGUACACCUUUUCGUUUACAUAAAUCAAGUAAUUUGUAAAGGCUGUAUUGUAUCUCUGUUUUAUUCUAGUAGACAUAAUUUGUAUACUUUCUGCCGUUCCCUUUUUGCCAGUUGCAACGGGGUGUUUUGGAAAA